AUGACAAGUCAACGUUGGUGGGAUCUUCCAAUCAAUCACGUUCAGCGGAUCAACGUCAAGCGCAGGGAUCUUCAGGGAUAUUUUCCAGUGACAUACAAUAAGAAGAAGAAGAAAUCACAUUCUACUACUCAACAUGAUAAAGUCACUACUAAAUUACAAGAAACCGCAAAGAUUGCUGAGGUGAAGGAGAAGGAAAAGGACAAAGUGGCCGCUUUGAGAGGAGAGAGGGAAGGGAGUGGGUCUAUUAGUCCUAGGGCGGCACCUCCGCCAGAAAGUGGGAUGCGGAUGACGGAAGCUGAGAGGAGGUAUUAUGAGAAACAGAAACAAAGAAGAGAAGAGAGAGCGAAGAAGGCAGCACCUACGACUCACAAAGAUCGAAUCACCGAAUUGAAUAACAAAUUGGAGAGAAUACCGGAUCAUAAUGAUAUGCCCAAGAUCGGACCGGGCUGA